AAAUUAUUGUUAAGUUAUUGGAACAAUUAGUAAUAGCUUCAAUAUAAUUUAAAAUGCAAAGACCGCCACUGUAUGAACGUAGUACCGCAUAUUAUUUUUUGGCGGCAAAUUUAAUAGAAAAUUAUGGAUAUCAAUCACGAGAAACAAGAGAAAUUACGCGCAGAGCAAAACUUAGGAAUAGAAUUAACCCACUGGACAUAAAUGAAACCGAAUUUAAAAAUAGAUAUCGCCUAAAUAAAGAAGCUUUUAAGUUCCUCUGUGAGCAACUUAAACAUAAAACAUCAUUAACAUCGAGUUCUAGAAUUAGUCUAGAACUUAAGGUUCUUUGUGCAUUAUCUUUUUAUGCCAAUGGUUCAUAUCAGCGAAUAGUGGGAAUGGCUAAAUAUUUGGGCCAAACAACAGUGAGCAAAUGUGUGAAGGAAGUCACUGAUGCUCUUGUAACUCCUGCAAUCCUUAACACCUUUAUAAGAUUCCCCAGUACUCGAGCUGAAAGAGACCUAGUAAAAAGCAACUUUUUUGCGAAGUACGGUUUUCCUGGAGUUAUAGGAUGCAUUGAUGGAUGCCAUUUCCAUAUUUUUACACCCAGGAAAGAAAUUGAACAUUUAUUUUAUUGUAGAAAACAUUUUCAUUCAUUAAAUGUACAAAUGAUAUGUGAUAGUGACGGCCGAAUUCUAAAUGUGAAUGCAAAAUAUGGAGGAGCCACCCACGACGCUUUCAUAUGGGAAAAUAGCCUAGCUAAUAACUACAUGCAGGAGUUACAUCGAAAUAAUGAACAUGUAUGGUUAUUAGGUGAUUCCGGCUAUCCACAACGCCCCUGGUUAAUGACACCAAUUCCGGAUGCUGCUGAAGGGACUCCAGCAUACAAAUACACAGCAGUCCAUGGAAAGACGAGGGUGGCUAUAGAAAAUACUUUUGGCCGAUUAAAAAACCGAUGGCGUUGCUUAUGUAAAGAUCGCACACUCCACUAUGGACCGGAGAAAUGUGCAAAAAUCAUUACUGCGUGCAGUGUGUUGCAUAAUUUAGCCCUAAAAUUUAACGUACCCGAACCGGAACCAGAAGAACUCCAAAACAUAUCUUUAUCUUUUUCUGACCAUCUUUUUCAGGAAAAUGGAGGAGAUGACUUAAUUAGGGGAAGGGCGAUGAGGAAUAUUUUAGUAGAUAGAAUUAAUAGAUUACACUCAUAACUUUAAUUCUUUAUUAAUAAUUUUAAAAAUUGCAUUUUUAUAACAAUUAAAAAAUAACCUUAA